GGCCCAACAUCAUCCUCCGCGUCCCUCGCCUUAUCCCUACCGUCGGAUUCUCCGAGCAGGGACGGAACUUUAGUACAACAUCUUGCCUCGACCCUUCCUCCUUUCUCUUCUUUUUCUGUUGCGCGAAGCAUUUUCUCUGUUGUUCCUUCUUCGUUUUUCUCCAUCUGAAUCCCUGACCCUAAGUCCUAGGAACUGACCCUUCUGCCCCAAAGAUCACGUAAUCUCUGAGGGUUUCUUCAUUUUCUUGUCCGGACUUGUCUGUUUUCACACGAGGAUUUUUUAAUUGGAGAGGUUUCAGUUCUUGUUAGAUUUUUCGGUAGAAGGGAUUUGAAUUUGCAUCCCUUUAAUUCGAGUUUAGGGUGAAUUUUUUAUGGCAUUUGAAUGCCAAGAGGGUACUGAAGGUUGUUUGUUAGAGAAUUUCACAUAUAUUGUUGGCAAUUCUUCGAAUGAACAAGUUGAAUUAGAUCAAACCAAACAAUAUUCUAACAAUCAAGUUCCAACCGGGGAUUUCAAACCUGAAAAUGGAACGGGGACACUCGCCAUCUCAAAAGUUGCAUCGGAAUUAAAUUCCAAGUUGGGAAUUACAAAAUUUUCUAACUUGUCAUCAAAUGAUGUUUCAUCUGUUUAUCGUCGGUCAAUUACUGACCUUCCUCCGGCCUUGAUAUCUGAAAUUCUUAAUUGCCUUGACCCAAAGGAGCUUGGUAUAGUUUCCUGUGUCUCAACAAUCCUCCACAGGAUUGCAUCUGAGCACCAUGUUUGGAAGGAUUUUUACUGCGAGAGGUGGGGUGUUCCAAUAGUUCCAAACACUCUGGGCUCAGAGUUAUCAGAUGAGAAAACUUGGAAGAAACUCUUUGUGGAGAGGGAAUUCAGGAGCAAAACCUUUUUAGGACGUUAUACUAUUGAUGUUCUGCAUGGUCACACAGAAGCAGUUCGCACUGUUUUUCUUUUAGCUUCUGCGAAACUCAUUUUUACUUCAGGAUAUGACUCCACUGUUCGGAUGUGGAAUAUGGAAGAAGGGUUGUCAAUUGCAACUUCUCGGCCUCUUGGUUGCACCAUCCGGGCAGUUGCUGCAGACACUAAACUUUUGGUUGCUGGGGGCACCGAUGGCUUUAUUCAUUGUUGGAGAGCUGUUGAGGGGCUUCCUUGCUUGUUCGACCUCAAGGGUUCUCAGAGCCCAGACAUUGAAUUUCGACUUUGGGAACAUGAAGGGCCUAUCACUUGCCUUGCUUUGGAUCGGACAAGGAUUUACAGUGGCUCUUGGGACAUGACUGUACGUGUGUGGGAUAGAUCUUUAUUGAAGUGCUUACAUGUUUUGAGACACUGUGACUGGGUUUGGGGCCUUGCUCCUCAUGAUACUACGGUGGUAGGCACAUCAGGCUCUGAUGUUUAUCUUUGGGACACUAAUAAUGGAACUCUAAUUACGGUUAUUCACAAUGCUCAUGGAGGUAAUACAUAUGCUUUGGCACGGAGUCAUACGGGGAAUCUUAUUUUUACUGGCGGAGAGGAUGGAGCAAUACGAAUGUUUGAGAUAACAGGUCAUAGUGUUGAGAAUAAUGUUUUUCCAGUUGCAACAUGGAUUUCUCAUUCGGGCCCUGUGUUUUCCCUUGCAUUUGAGUUUCCCUGGCUUGUUUCAGCUUCUACUGAUGGGAAGCUAUCACUAAUUGAUGUAAGAAAGCUGUUGAGGACAAGCAGGCGCUCUUCAAUGAGAAACAAUCGAAGAGUUUAUGAAUUUGAUAUGAACAGUGUUGAGCCUCCUCAGAGGAUGCUGCAUGGGUUUGGGUGCAAUUUAUUCUCAGUUGACAUUGGUGCUGAUCGUAUUGUAUGUGGAGGCGAGGAAGGUGUUGUUAGGGUCUGGAACUUCUCACAGGCUUUGGAGGUUGAGCAGAGAGUCCGCACUUUAAGAGGAAUGCGAUUAGAAAAUAGAAUGAGGCGACGCAGACUUCAAAUAGAGAUGAACAGCAUGGGUGGUCGGACUGAUCAAUGUUCAGUUGCAGCCAAGAAGAACCCAAUGAACGGAGAAAGGGGUAGUUCCUGGCACAAUAAGAGGGCAGUGACUGUGAGUGGGAAAUUAAAAGCCUAGUUGCUGAUAGAAGUCAAUUGUUUGUUUCUGCUUUCCAUGCACUCUUGCUAAUUACUCUUUGGCUGGUCAUGUAACUGAAGUAUACUAAUAAAUUGUAAGCAUCUAUUGUGUCUCUUUUCAUAGUUUUUUCCUUCAAGAAUGGCAGUUAGGUGAUACUGUGAUAGAAUGUUAAUUUGAUGGCAGUAAUGGAUGAUGUGUUGCGUAA